AGCGUUUCGCGGCCGUGAUCAUGCGUAUCCGAGAGCCGAAGACGACCGCUUUGAUCUUCGCCUCCGGCAAGAUGGUGGUUACUGGUGCCAAGUCAGAGGAUGACUCCAAGCUGGCUUCCAGAAAGUACGCGCGUAUCAUUCAGAAGCUUGGUUUCAAUGCCAAGUUCACGGAUUUCAAGAUCCAGAACAUCGUGGGUUCUUGCGAUAUCAAGUUCCCCAUCCGCCUGGAGGGUUUGGCCAGUCGCCAUCACAACUUCAGUUCCUACGAACCUGAAUUGUUCCCCGGUCUUAUCUACCGCAUGAUGAAGCCUAAGAUCGUGCUGCUUAUCUUCGUCAGUGGAAAGAUCGUCCUCACUGGUGCUAAGGUCCGUGAGGAGAUCUACCAGGCGUUCGAACUGAUCUAUCCUGUGCUUUCGGAUUUCCGUAAAGUCUAAAAGGGCAUCGCCUUUUCCCAGGAAGAUCUCGACCACCUCGUCCUUCCCAUCUUCAUCAACUUGUAUUAACACUUGGCUUUUCCCCUUGCACUGGCCCGCGAGGUUGUACUAUGAACGGACAA